AUGUUAAAGAAAUUUUAGUACGAUUUGUUCGUCAUAGGAGGAGGAGCAGGAGGUUUGGCAUCUUCUAAAGCCUCAGCUUUGUUGGGAAAGAAGGUAGGAAUGGCUGAUUACGCAACUCCAAGUCCUCAUGCUACAACCUGGGGAACAGGUGGUACUUGUGUAAAUGUUGGGUGCGUGCCAACCAAAUUGAUGCCAUUCUCAGCAAGAAUGGGCGAAAUAAGAAAAGAUUAAAUAGCAGCAGGAUAUUAGGGGAUAGAGAGUGAAGGGAAACAUAAUUGGAAAUAGUUGAUUGAAACAGUAUAAAAACAUAUAAAGGAAUUAAAUGUGCGUUAGGAAAGUUCCUUAAAGGAUCAUGGUAUCGAUUAUUAUAACAAAUUUGCUAAAUUUAUUGACAGACACACUAUAGAAGUAAGAUUUAGAUUUUGAUAAUAUAUUAUUAUAGCUUACAGAUGUGAAAGGAGAGAAGGAAAUAAUAAGUGCAAAAAACAUAAUAGUUUGUGUUGGAUCAAGGCCUAUGCUAUAUUAGGAUCCAAAAUUGGUUAUCACAUCAGAGGAUGUAUUUCAAUAGACAACUCCUCCAGGAAAGACUUUAGUCAUAGGAGCUUCGUAUGUAGGUUUAGAAUGUGCAGGAUUCAUACAUGGUUUUGGGUUUGAUACAACAGUUUUAGUUAGAACAAGAGUUAUGAGGAAUUUUGAUUAAGAGAUGGCUUAAAAAGUAGAAGGAUAUAUGUCAGAUAAUGGAAUUAAAUUUGUUAAGAGAGCCUUAUUGCAAUCUAUUUCAGCAGUAGAUAAUGGAAAAAGGAGAUUGGUAAAGUGGGUGCGUGAUGGAGUAGUGGAGGAGGAUAUUUAUGAUACUGUAUUAUAUGGGAUUGGAAGACAGGCAUCAACCAAAUAAUUGAAUUUAGAAUCGAUUGGGGUUAAGAUUGAUGCAAGAAAUUAUAAGAUCAUGGCUGAUGAAUACGAUAGAACAACUGUAGAUAAUAUUUAUGCAAUUGGAGAUUGUUGUUUGAAUAGAUUAGAAUAUACGCCUAUUGCAGUAAUGGCUGGUAGGAAAUUAGCCAAAAGACUCUAUGGGGAUAGUAAUGAGAUCAUGGAUUAUGCUGAUGUGGCUACGACUAUCUAUACUCCUAUUGAGUAUGGCUGUAUUGGAUUGUCAGAAGAGAGAGCACAGUAAAGAUAUGGAUAGGAUGGAAUCAAAAUUUACAGGACUCAUUUUAAACCUUUACAAUGGAGUUUCAGAUAGAGAGAUGAUGCAAAGUAUUGUGGAGGCAAAUUGAUUGUUCACAAAGAGUCGGAUCGAAUCGUAGGAUUUCACUAUGUUGGACCUGAAGCUGCUGAAGUUACUUAAGGCUUUGCAGUGGCUAUGAAAAUGAAAUGCACAAAGAAAGAUUUUGAUAACACUGUUCCUAUUCAUCCUAGUCUAGCAGAAGUAUUAUUAAUAAGUAUAUUUAUAGGAAAUGGUUUUAAUGAAAUGAC